AUGGAGUUUGUGAAGUUUGCUGUGUGCGGGUUGUGGAUGGUCGCUGUGUGCGGGGACGUUGUUGUGGACAAGGCUGAGGCCCCGGUGCCGCUCGUUAUCUGGCAUGGGAUGGGAGACUCCUGCUGUAACCCCCUCAGCAUGGGCGGUAUAAAGAAGCUGGUGGAGCAGCAGAUCCCUGGAAUCUACGUGCUGUCCCUGAAGAUAGGAGACAACAUAGUGCAGGACAUGGAGAAUAGCUUUUUCCUAAAUGUAAAUAAGCAGGUUGACAUUGUUUGUGAUCAGCUUGCAAAAGACCCAAAUCUUCAGCAGGGCUACAACAGCAUGGGCUUCUCCCAGGGUGGACAGUUCUUGAGGGCUGUUGCCCAGAGAUGUCCCUCACCUCCUAUGAAGAACCUCAUUUCAGUUGGAGGACAGCAGCAAGGGGUUUUUGGCUUCCCUCGGUGUCCUGGAGAAAGCUCACAUUUGUGUGACUGGAUCAGAAAGGUUUUGAAUGUUGGUGCUUAUACCAGGGCCAUUCAGGAAUAUUUGGUACAAGCAGAGUAUUGGCACGAUCCACUUAAUGAAGAGGAAUACAGAAACGGCAGCAUUUUCCUGGCAGAUAUCAAUCAGGAACGGGGUGUAAAUGAAAGUUACAAGCGCAAUCUUCAAGCUCUGAAUAAGUUUGUCAUGGUGAAAUUCCUCAAAGAUUCCAUGGUGGAUCCUUCUGAUUCAGAGUGGUUUGGAUUCUACAAACCUGGGCAAGACAAAGAGACCAUCACAUUGCAAGAAAGUUCAUUGUAUUCUGAGGAUCGCUUGGGUUUGAGAGAGAUGGAUAAAGCUGGAAAGCUAGUGUUCUUGGCUGCAGAUGGUGACCACCUCCAGUUUUCCGUGGAAUGGUUCAAUGAGAAAAUCCUGCCCUUCCUUCGCUAA